UUAUAACUAGAUUUAGGGAAGAUUGGGUGUGAAGAGAUUUUAUGUUCAAGCUGCAUGUGGCAAACGUGAAUGAAUAAAUUAUGUAUUUGAUACUUUCAUUACAACAGGAACACACAUUUAGGAGGAAAUCUGCCCUAGUUGUCACAAAAAUAACCCCAAAACCACGAGAAAUGGGAAAUUUUAAAUUUUUUUUUUUUAUUAUUAUUUUUUUUUUUGAAGACACAAAACACAUAUGUUAAAAACAACACAGGUAGUUAAUUUAUUUAACUGCAGACAAUAAAUGUUUUACAAUGCAAAAUAACAAAAAAGAAAAAAAGUCAAAACUUUCGUUUUGGGUAAAACACUAAUGCAUUUAUUACUUAUAAUCGACCUCUAAUUGUACACUUGUAAAUUGUUCGUUGCGUUUCCAUUUCGUUUUAUUUUGGAAAUCUGUACCGGAAGUCCUCAUCGUCGGAGAUGUGCGGUGGUUGCUAGCUUUGUGGUCCCGUGACAAAUUCAUUGGAACUUUCUAUGGUAAGGAAAGACUGAUGUUUCCUGCUUUUGUCGUGUGUCAGCGACGAGACUACACCGAUCAGGCAGAGAACUUUCACAACCCCUCGGUCAACCGGGGGGAAGGAUGGCUGGAAUGGCGGCUAAAUAAGAGCGAAACAAAUCCUCCUUCGCUGGAACUGCGGAAAAAAUCUUGAUGGCAGCAUCAAAAUACAGUAAGCGACCCAUCAUGGAACGUGGACUUUUGCGUACUUGAAGCCUUUUCCUGAAGGACUCCUCACGCAUGUCUCUGCUCCUUUGAACGCCGUCACAUCCCAACAUGGAGGAGCGAUCCAGUCUGCCCAGCGUCAGCAUACCCUGCCACAACGAGCAGAGGGACAAGAAGAAGAGAUACACGGUUUACAAAGUGCUAGUGUCUGUUGGACAGCAUGAAUGGUUCGUCUUCAGACGAUAUGCAGAGUUUGAUAAGCUCUACAACACAUUAAGGAAACAGUUUCCAUCUAUGAACUUAAAAAUCCCUGCGAAGAGGAUAUUUGGGGAUAAUUUUGACCCAGAGUUCAUCCAGCAAAGACGGGCAGGCUUGCAUGAGUUCAUUAAGCGCCUUGUUUCACAUCCUCAGCUCUCCAGCCAUCCAGACGUGAAAUCUUUCCUGCUAAUGGAUAAACUGCAGCACUUAGAAGACGCCUCUGAGGAUGAAGAUGACAAAAACAGCUCUACCUCCAGAAACAUUAACUUGGGACCCUCUGGAAAUCCACAAGCCAAGCCAACCGAUUUUGACUUCUUAAAGGUUAUAGGAAAAGGGAGCUUUGGGAAGGUUUUCCUCGCAAAGCGAAAGCACGAUGGAAAGUUUUAUGCAGUCAAAGUCUUACAGAAAAAGGUCAUUCUCAACAGAAAAGAGCAAAAACACAUCAUGGCAGAGCGCAACGUGCUGCUGAAGAAUGUGAAACACCCCUUCCUCGUCGGGCUCCAUUACUCCUUUCAGACCACAGACAAGUUAUACUUUGUCUUGGAUUUCGUCAACGGAGGAGAACUUUUUUUCCAUCUUCAAAAAGAGCGGACUUUUCCAGAACCCAGAGCGAGAUUCUACAUUGCUGAAAUGGCGAGUGCUCUGGGGUACUUGCAUUCUCUCAAAAUUGUUUACAGGGACUUGAAGCCAGAAAAUAUUCUUCUUGACAAUGAGGGACACAUCGUCUUAACGGACUUUGGAUUAUGCAAAGAAGGCAUCUCUCAGACGGAUACCACAACUACAUUUUGUGGAACCCCUGAGUACUUGGCUCCAGAGGUCCUGAGGAAGCACCCAUAUGAUAACACAGUGGACUGGUGGUGUCUGGGAUCAGUGCUGUACGAAAUGCUCUUUGGCCUGCCUCCGUUCUACAGCAGGGACACGCAUGAGAUGUAUGACAACAUCCUCCAUAAACCGCUGGUGAUGCGUUCUGGGGCGUCCAGCACAGCCUGGUCUCUUCUUCAGGGUCUGCUGGAGAAAGAUGGCACACACAGACUGGGCUCCAUUGAUGACUUUAAUGAGAUCAAAGAACACAACUUCUUUUCUUCUAUUAACUGGGAUGAUCUUGUACAGAAGAAGAUUCCUCCCCCAUUCAUACCCAACGUGAGCUCUUGCUGUGACAUCUCAAACUUUGAUCCAGAAUUCACUGAGGAAAACGUUCCCAAUUCCAUCUGCUGGACUCAGAGCCAUUCCAUUGUUAAUGCCAGUGUUAUGGAGGCUGAUGACGCCUUCUUGGGAUUCUCUUAUGCUCCACCUUCUGAUGACUCUUUCCUAUAAUGCAUUCCCCAAAUUCAGUGGCCUUAACCGAUGUAUUAUUAGUUGUUUUUUUGUUUUUGUUUUUUACUAAAAGGACAAAAGUUUGUACAAUGAAGAAAAUGUUCUAUAGAACCAAAGCAAAUAGUUGAGAACAAAAUGCACUUAAAACAGAGCUUGAUUAAAAGAAUAUAUUUUACAUAUUUGUAUUUAUAUGAAAAUUAUAUAUAGAUUAUAUUUUUAGCAUUAAGGACAGCUGCAUUCUAGCAAUGAAAUGUCUGGUCCUAUUAUCAAAACGCCUUAAAUUUCCCCUGAAAAUAAAAUCAGCAAAACUUGAACAGCUCACUGAACUUAAAAUAAUGCCAUUUUAUUGAUAAAUUGAAUUGAAUCUGUAAAGGUAUUUACUGUAAAAAUAAAUAAAUAAAUAAAUAACAGUAGUAACAAUUUAUGCCAUUUAUAUAAAAAGUAUGACUGUGUAUUACUUAAGAGAUCACUAAAGAAAGCACUGUGGUUACAGCUGUAAAUGUCUUUUUAUGUUUUCAUUUGCCUUUGAAUUUCUCCAUUUUUUUCCUUUUUUUUGAGGAUUGCUCUUUUUUCUUCUUAUUAUAACCAUUUAUCUGUUAAUAUUAAACGAUUACGUGUUCAUAGCACCUGUGUUCUGACAGCAGUAAGGAGGGACUGUACUCCUGCUCCAUAACACAGAAGAAAAUAAACAAAUAAUCAAAGAAACUAAA